AUGCCGUCUCAUGCAUCGGAUGCGCCCAUUAGCCGUCACCACCUUGAUAUAGACCAACCCAGUGUCGCUUGCCCUGCGCCAUUAACACCGCCUCCAGAAAACGACGGCGAUCAAGAGUUAGGCCGAACAACCAGUCAACAGAGGUUCGUGGGCGACGAUGGAGUCAGCCGGCAACCCGAGAGUGACAAUACAGCUGCGGGCAUGUCACUGAUGCAAGAAGAGAGCAUGUACACAUCUCCCGACUUAUAUGAAGAGAAGAUGCAUACGGAAGCAGUUGGUGGUACAAUGGAGCUCGAUGUCCCGAACAAUGAUGCUAUCUGCGACGACCAGAACUUCAAAGCGGCUGGAGACACACGGACAAGUGGUUAUGAUGUCCGACCAAUAAUGGACUCUGUUGAAAGCGCAAACUGUAGACCAGCGUCCAGGCGAAAAGACGUCGACGAGGAAACCAAGGUGGUCGUGGAGAGUUUCUCCGGCAUACCAUCACCCUCGUCGGAGCCAUCUCCGGAAGAUCAUAUCCAAGGAAUCCGUGAUGCCAGAGCUGGAGUCCCCUCCAUUGACCAGAAACUCGACUGGACAAGUGACUUGAAGGAAUGGGAUUUCUCCCGCCGACGACUACGCCCUCAAUAUCCGUCCGCGACGUUUCAGCCAUACUCCAAGUUCAAGGGGACGCAGCAGUCAGACCGGCAGAUCUACAACGUCGAAGUGACUAUACUGACCGUGGAUAUCGAACAGUCGACCAUGUCUGGCUACCUGCAAAUUUGUGGGCUCACCCCGGACCACCCUACAUUGACGACUUUCUUCACCGGCGAGAUCAUCGGCGGACCAGAUCAGAAAUACAGCUUCAGAACUAGAGACCCGGGUUGGGGAGCUAGUGAUAAGACUGAUCUCACUCACUGGGCGAGGUUCCCGCCAUGGAGGCCGCUCAGUCUUCAAGCGAAGCGCAACAUCAAUUUCGUGUAUCCCCUCAACCACGAAAAUUGGUGGCAGCAAGAACACAUUUUCAUGCGGUGGAAGGAGCAUUUCCUUGUGCCGGACUACAAGCUGAAGAGCAUCCAAGGAGCCAGCUUUGAAGGCUUCUAUUAUAUCUGUUUCAAUCAAGUCGAGGGUAGAGUGAGUGGGAUUUACUUCCAUUCCAAAAGCGAGAAGUAUCAACAGCUCGAAUUGAAGCAUGAGGGUCAGCAAGGCGUUUGGGGAAAAGGCGUGUGUCCAUCGAUUGAAUUUCGAUGA